AUCAAAAUGGGAGGCGGUAAGACAGGAGGAUGACCUGCAGCAUUGUUCACGACCAGUAGAGGAUUUCGCCGGUUUCAUCACAGGUGCUGCAAGAACGUUGUCCAAAGUGACCUCUUGAACGCACCCUGAUGGGCUAUAGUGGACAACAAAGUGAACCCUGACAAAGCUGUCAGGACCUGGUCCAACAUCUUUCUAGACGUACCAAACAAAAAUAAACUAAUCAAAUCUAAGAGAGUCAAGCAUCUGUCAAAGCCAGAUUGGAUGACUGCAUGAUGUUAUCAACUCAAUGCAUCAACGUGAUUCCUAUAAACGUAAAGAGGAGACGAAGAAAUUAUAAACAUUGGAAAAAUAAGGUUACCAGCAAGUAGAAAAAGACAAACAGAAUCAUUUUUAUCUUGCCCAUUCUGACAUAAGGACAGGUAUUUUGAGGGCAAGUGGCGGUGUUGGCAUCUGGAGGAAGUGUGAGGAGUAGAGUGGGAUUGCUCAUACAGGCUUUGAUGCCCAGGUAGCUGUUGUGAUAGACGACCUUCAUUGCUCUGGAACUGGCUGCUUGUGUAUGCUGGGUCAGCGAUUCCCUUGGGGAUUGAGCUCUCUUGUGUGAACGUCUCACAGACUGCAGGCAGACUCCAGUCAGGCUCGACCCAGCCAGCACGAGUGUUCCUACUGAGUAUAUGCCACGGGUUCAAAUGUACACAGUCGGUUGUCAUGUCAUCAUCCAGGUGUAAAUACAAGGGGUACUUGUAAGACAUCAGUCUGUCUCACCUCAGGGAAAGAUGAAAGUCAAUCAAUUGAAACAUACCAUAGUAGUCUCCCUUUUUCUGGUCAUUCUUGCGGUGUUUCUGAUUGGCCCUUUGAUGGAAGAUGAAGAACAGUUCGAUCCAUUUGAGGAGUAUGGUAUCAUAAUCACGCUGGUAUCAUAUUUUUUACGAAUGCUUUCUCUUUCGGCCGUUCCUUUGAGCGUGACAAACUUCUUGGGCAUCAUAUUCUUCAAUACUUUUCCGGAACCUCCAACACUCAAAGGAUCCCCAUUACUAGCUCCGUUUAUAUGUUUCCGUGUUGUUACUAAAGGCGAUUUCCCAGAACUCAUCAAAGACAACUUGAGGAGAAAUAUGGAAACCUGCUGUCAGGCUGGAGUAGACAACUGCAUGUUUGAGAUUGUCACGGAUAAGGCUAUCCACCUUGCCAGGAUGCCGGGGGUUCGAGAAAUUGUGGUCCCCGACACCUAUGUCACCUCCCAGGGGUCAUUGUUCAAAGCCCGCGCCCUGCAGUACUGUUUGGAGGAUGGUGUAAACAUGCUGAAUGAUGAUGACUGGAUUGUACACUUAGACGAAGAAACCUUGUUGACAAAGAAUUCCGCUAUAGGUAUAUUCAACUUUGUAACUGAGGGUUCCCACCAUUUUGGACAAGGUGUCAUUACUUAUGGAUCAGGGCAUGUGGUGAACUGGGUGACAACGCUUAUUGACAGUGUUCGUGUAGCUAUAGACUACGGUGCUCUUCGCUUUUGCUUUAAAGUCUUCCACAAGCCUAUAUUCAACUGGAAAGGGUCCUUUAACGUGUCCAAUGUGGCGGCUGAACGGAGAGUGAAUUAUGACCACGGCCCUGAAGCCUCCAUUGCCGAGGAUUGUUACUUUGGCAUUUUGGCCAGCAGUAUGGGCUAUAGUUUUGGCUUUGUGGAAGGUGAAAUGAAUGAACAAAGUACGUUCACUUUUGUAGAUUUCAUGCGACAACGAAGACGGUGGGCACAGGGUAUCUACCUUGCCUGGAAAUCUUGCCCGGUACAACAUCAAUACAAAGCUGGUAUAUUUUUUUUAGUGCUUGCAAUAAUGUUCAUGCCCAUGAGUACAGUUUCCUUCAUAAUGUCUUUGAUAUUUCCAGUAGCGGCUUCUUUCCCAUCAAAGAUUGUUUUUGGUUUCCUUGGAGCAGUGUUUUUGUUUCUUUUUGUUUUUGGCUCUGUGAAAUCUCUAAAUGUACACCGACUUGGAAUCAUUAAAUACAGCCUGCUGUGUAUCUCUACAGUGCUAGUCAUUCCACUGGCCUAUGUUCUUGAAGUAACUGCAGUCCUGUGGGCAAUCUUUUCAAACAAAAUCAAUUUUGAUGUUGUGAAAAAGGAGAGAGUUACAGGGGCAAAACCCUACAGCCAGGCCAACCCUGUUCUUUUGGCUUAAGGCAAAGCAAGAAGGGGAGAUAACUCUUGGAAUUAUUCUAAGAUCUGAAGCAGGAUGAUAAGUUUGCUCCAUUUGAUAUGAUCAGUCCAUGAUCAGUAGCAUCAGUCUGGUAAAAGACCCUUUAAAAGUGACUUUAUUUAACUGGUCUAGUCAUUUGUACUCAUUUCUGAAAUGUUUUGAAAUAUAUGUUCAUAUAUUAAUGUUUUAAAAGAUCUGUAAAUGCUUUUUACUUUGUAAUGCUAUUGCUAGGUAAAUGUUCAUGUGCAGCUGUAGAUGAAAGGAUGUGUGCAUGUGAACCAUUGCAGUUACAUGUAGAGAUACUGACUAGUUUCAGGUCACAGUGCUUGUGGACAUGUUUACAUUAUGGGUCCAAGACGUAUGGUUACAAAAAGUCAAAGAUGUCAUUCUAUACACUAUUGUAUAGUUCUUAGAGACAUGUGAAUUAUUUGAAUUCAGUAAUGCCCAUCAGUAUUUCUUGGUUUUGAAAGGUAAGAUAAAAAAAUAGUCCCUCUGAAGUAGGCAUAACAUCCCAUUAAUAACAUUAAGUAUGCCGAGUGGCAUUGAAGUUACAUUUUGUGAAAGGCUUGUCAAUGCAAUAGCCUUUGAACCAUAUAAACCAAUUUUCAUUAAACUUGUACCACACGUGCUCCUAGACAUAUGUAAAAAAAUUCUUGUGAUUAAGCUUGAUUUAUUUUUGUCCAGGUUCCUGGGCUUGUACCACAAGAAUUGUGUUAUCUUCUAUCUCCUGCAGCUGUGCUUAUGACUGAAGGCUAUUCUGUCAGGAGUAUAUGUAUUUUGAUGUGCUUGGAAUUGUAUUGAGUGGUAAUUACGUCACCUGUACUCAUGCCUGUAAACCAUAAUGCUAAUAUGUGGAGUCCAAGUGAAGAGUUCACUUUUUGUCAGCUUUACAGUAUAAUAUUACAUGUAUAUUUUAUUUAUCAGUCAUAUGACUUGUUUAUUCUUGCUGCAUUUUGAGGCAAUGGAAGAACUUGGGUGCAAUGCUAUCCAUUUCAUAAGUCAGUAAAUGUUAAGUUUUGCCAUUGGGUAAAAUGGGUGUUGGCUAUGGUUUGGGUUAUACAGAUCAUGUAGUAUUAUAUGCUGCACCUCUGUAGUCUGAGCUAGGAGGCCUAUAAUUGUUAUUCACGUCAAUCUCUACAUGUAUGUGUAGCCCUGCUGGUUGUGAUCUUCACAAAUGGAUGCGUUGUGACACUGACACCAUUGAUGUCAUUGGAAUUUCAAGCCAAAAUUGCCACGAGUGGAAAGGAUUUGUUUGUUUGUUUUGUGUUAUUUGUUUUGUGUUAUUUAUUUUGUAUUAUUUCUUUGCAAAGAAACCUAUAUGAAACAAACCUGAAGAAAAAGGCUGGCAGUGUUACCCUGAAGUAACAACAAGUUUGCCCUGAUGUAAAGGCAGUUUUAAAGUUUUGAGUUUUGUAAAAAUGUGUUUUGAUAUCAAACCUGUUAUAUUCAAAUAUAACGGCAUGACAAAGGAAAUGUAAUGUUCUGUCCAAUAAAUGAAGAGAUGUCCAGAAACAGUUAAGUGGUACAAAAGCCAAAGCUAUCCUUCUGAUUA